GAAGGGAAGCACGAGGUGACGUGAACUGAGAUGGUGGUGAAAAAGGAGGUGAAAAGCGGGAAGCGGAACAAAGAAAGCAGAAAGGAUAGUGAUAGAGGAAAAAAGGUGGAAGACGGGAAGAUGGACAGCGGAGAGCUGAGGAAAAUUAGAGAGGAAUUGAGAGGAAUAAGAGAAGGUAUAGUGGACUUGGUGGGGUUAUGGAGGAGUUGGAUAGAGAAAGAGGAAAGACAGGGGAAAACUGGAGAGGAAAGAGAACAGAAAAAGAGCAGAGGGGAAGAGGAGACGGAGGGACAAGAAGAGCAGGGAUCAACAGAAGAGAAGGUUGGAAGUAGAGAUUUCAAGAGAAGAGGAAGCGGAGACGAGCAGAGGGACAGCAAGGAGAGGAAGGAAGAGGAGAGAAGGAGGAAGGUCACUGAGGGGGAAGGAGAGGUAAAGGAGAAGGAGAUAAAAGGUGAGAGGAGGGAAGAAGAAGCGAAGAGCAAGGAAAGGAGGUCAGAUGGAGGGGAGGGGUUGAGGGUCAGAGGAGAGAAAGACAAGGAGAGGAGGGAAGAGAUGAACGAGGUGACAGAAGAGAUGAUGGAGGAGUGGUGGAGAGAGGUGGAGGCGGAGGAGGAGAGGCUGUGGAAGAGAAAGGCAGAAGGAGAGGAGAGAAGGAGAGAGGAGGAAGAAGAAAGAGGGAUGACGCUGAAGAAGUGGCAGAAGGACAUGAUUAUUAAAAAUGUUUUUGAUUUGUGA